AUGAAAAAUCACACGUCUGUGAAAGAGUUCAUUCUUCUCGGAUUAACAGAUGACCCAGAGCUAAAUAUUCUCAUUUUUCUAUUUCUAUUUUUCACAUAUACACUGAGUAUAACUGGAAACUUGACAAUCAUCACCCUCACUCUGAUAGAUUCCCACCUCAAAACUCCCAUGUAUUUAUUCCUUAGGAAUUUCUCUUUCCUAGAAAUCUCAUUCACAACAGUUUGUAUUCCUAGAUUUCUGGUCAGCAUUGUAACAGGGGAUAUGACCAUUUCCUAUAAUUCCUGCAUGGCCCAGGUGUUUUUUUUCAUACUCCUUGGUUCAACGGAAUUUUUCCUUUUGACUGCGAUGUCCUAUGAUCGGUAUGUGGCUAUCUGCAAGCCACUGCAUUACACAACCAUAAUGAACAGCAGAAUCUGCAACCAGCUUGUCAUUGGUUCUUGGCUGGCUGGAUUUCUCAUCAUCUUUCCACCUGUGAUCAUGGGACUUCAGCUGGAUUUCUGUGACUCCAACAUUGACCACUUCACCUGUGAUUCUUCUCCUAUGCUACUGAUCUCCUGCACGGACACAGCACUCCUAGAGCUCAUGGGAUUUUUCCUGGCAGUAUUCACGCUCAUGGUAACCUUAACAUUAGUGAUCCUUUCCUAUGUAUUCAUCCUUAAAACAAUUCUGAGGAUUCCCUCUGCUGAGCAAAGGAAAAAGGCCUUUUCUACAUGUUCCUCACACAUGAUCGUUGUCUCCAUUUCUUAUGGAAGUUGCAUUUUCAUGUAUGUCAAAACUUCAGCAAAAGAAGGAGUGGCUUUGAACAAGGGUAUAGCAGUGCUCAAUACCUCUGUUGCCCCAGUGCUAAAUCCUUUUAUUUAUUCCCUGAGGAACCAGCAGGUCAAGCAGUCCUUUAAGAACUUGGCCAAAAAAAUGCUUCUCAAAUAA